UGUAAUACCGGAAAGGUGGACACACGGUGUGAGAAAGGAGGAGACGAACGCUGAUCAGACCAGACACAAGGGACCAGGAGACAAGAAACAGCACUUUAGAGAUGCAAACUAACACCGCUCAUAUAAACUAUGGAUUUUAUUAUGGAGAAGAAAGACCUCCAGUACAGAUGCCUGGAAAUCCACCGCCGUAUAAUCCCACUGUUCCUCUGUACCACAACGUGGUACAAGCACCCACAAUUGCAACCGCACCUCCUAUCAACACGCAAUACAUCAUCACAUCCGGACAUCCUAUACAGACCACAGCGACACGCAAAGGAGUCAGCAAAGUUCGGUGUCUAUGCAUAACCGCAGCGGUCAUCUUCGCCCUCAUCGUUGUGGCGGUCGCGGCCGUGUUGGUCUGGUACUUUGUGGCCGGAGUGUGUAUGCUGGGACGGAAGUGUGGAGAGAGCAGCACGUGUGUAAGUUCGUCUCAGUGGUGUGACGGACGGACGGAUUGUCCGGGCAGAGAGGACGAGGCCCAGUGCUUACGUUUCUACGGUCCGAAUUUCAUGCUCCAGAGUUUUUCAAACUCAGAGCAAAAAUGGAAGGCGGUGUGUUCAGACAGGUGGAGCAACACCGUCGGGAAGCAAGCGUGCCAGCAGAUCGGAUAUUCAGCAUCUGAUUAUGUUAGCUAUGGGACUAUAAACCCGGGCUCCAGCGCAGCAGACGGCUACGUGGCCCUCAGUUCCGAUUACUCGAACGCACUCGGAUUAGGAUCUGUGCACAGUUUUCUGUCAAACAGCACGAGCUGUCCAUCGAACACGGCUGUGACCCUGAAGUGUAUCGACUGUGGAAGCUCUUCAGCUCCUGGUGCACGUAUCGUCGGAGGGACGGUGGUGAGCAGUCUGGGGCGCUGGCCAUGGCAGGUGAGUCUGCAGGUCAACGGGCAUCACCUGUGUGGGGGAUCCGUCAUCACGCCGUCAUGGAUCGUCACGGCUGCUCACUGCGUACAGACACAUUCAUCUCCGAGUCAGUGGACAGUGUAUGCCGGUUAUCUGACCCUCACACAGAUGGCCUAUUCCUCCGGCAGCUCGGUCAGCAUGGUCAUCUCUCACCCCAACUACGACGCUGACACCAAUAACUACGAUGUUGCGUUGAUGAAACUCUGGACGCCAUUAAAAAUGUCCAAUAACAUCAGACCAGUGUGCUUGCCAAACACCGGGCUCGACUUUUCAACAUCAAGAAAUUACUAUGUUACUGGAUGGGGGACGACUGUGAUGCAAGGUUCUGCCUCCAGUGAGUUACGUGAGGCUCAGAUCUCUCUGAUCAGCCAGGCGGUGUGUAACAGCUCACAGGUUUAUAACGGCCAACUCACCAACACCAUGAUCUGCGCAGGCAAUCUGGCAGGAGGAGUGGACUCGUGUCAGGGGGACAGCGGUGGUCCUCUAGUCACUUCGCAGAAUUUUCUGUGGUGGCUGGUAGGAGACACUAGCUGGGGUCACGGCUGUGCUCUCCGUAACCGACCGGGCGUUUACGGAAACAUGACCAUCUUCGUCGACUGGAUUUAUAAGCAAAUGAAGAAAUAUUAAUUCAGCGUCUGAGUGAAACGGACGGACAUCACGGACUUUCGUUUCAGAGAUUCAGAGCAACUUCAUGAAGGACAGUUUGAAGAUAUUUUUUUAUAGCUGUUAUACCCUACCGAUUAGCAGUAUUUCCUAAUCGUUUAUAUUGAUGUAUGUCUAUUUUUGUAAUAGGGUUUUUUUUUUUUUAAACGAUUUGGACUUGUCAGAUGUUUUAAACACUUUAUUUUAAAUUAUUUAUUUAAUGUCAAAAAGGUUCUUAUUAAGUAACUUGAACAUUCUUAGUUUUUUUUUUUUUUUAAUAUGCUGUUUAAGAUGCGUUCAGUCAUAUGUAGAACUCCGUGUGCUCCAAGAAGCCAACUUGAUUUUCAUGACUGUUCAAAUGUACGCAAUGUUUGCACACAAACACUACACCUGAGUCCAGCGAGUCCAGUAAAAGGGUGUGAGUGGCAAAAGAAAAAGGCUUUGUUUCACUUCCUGCAACUCUGCUUAUCAUGCUUUAUGUACAAAGAUAACCAUAAAAUUUUCGAUAAACGGUAACGAAUACGAUUAUACAAUUUUCUCUGUGUUCUCUCUCUCUCUCUGUUUGUAAAUGUCACACAUUACUGCUUCUUGUAAAUGAAUUAAAAUUAUUAUUACCGUA